UUUAUAUUUUAUGAGUCUAAAAGGGAUGAGCGUUUAACUCUUGAGUGGUUAUUCAAAGUAUUAAGUAUGUGUAUAUAUUAGAUAUAUGGCUAAUUAUUUAUCUGGUUAAUUUGGUUUGGCUGGUUAGGAGUGUCUGAAACCAAACCACCUAAACCAAAUAAGCUAAAAAAUUUAACCAAACCAAACCUAUUAUCCAAAUUAACCAAAACAAAUUAUCCAAAUAAUACUGGUUAAAACGGUUACCAUGGUAACCACACCGUUUGAACACCUCUAGUAAUAAAUGUUUGUAGAACCGUAUUAUACCAACGGUUAGGGAUGGCAAUUUGAACCCGCUUCCAGGGUAUUAUCUGGUUUGACUCAUGAUGGGAGGGUAUUAUCUGACCCGCAGUAGUGUGGGGCGGGGCAUGGGUAUCUACUUCCGACUCGCUCGGCCCCGUCCUGCCCCCGUUCUUAGCUCAUUUUAUCUUAAUUUCUCACAAUAUCUAUACAUAUUUCUCCUAUUUUGACUUUUCUUCUACUAGUUAGAGUCGAUCUUUCAACUUGUUAGACUUAUUUACCCAUUCCAUUAUCAAUAUUUUUCAUACAUAAAAGUAUUUUUACUCACUCGUUUUAUCGUAAAAAGUAAAAUUUGGGCGUAUUUUUCCAAAGAACAUUUAAGAGUGGGUCAACCCGCCCUGCCACGUACCCGCACGGAUUUUACCCGCCCUACCCGUAGUAACGUGGGAUGGGGCAUGGGUAUUGAGGUACCCGCCCCGCCCUGCCCCAUCGCCAUCACUACCAACUGUUGGAUCGAGAAAAUCUUUUAUCGAAUUCUAAAUCGAUAGGUGAGGUUUUAGUGGUAAACCACGCGAUUAAACCACAUUUACAACAUAAUAUAUCGUAUCACUGACUUUCUUCUGGUAUAACUUCCAAUACUGAUUACAGUCGUCGCUACCUACCGAUACAUUUAUCUAUGUUUGCCCCUCCAUGACAAACCCUAAUUCAUCAGCCACAAGAACAGAAGGGGGAUUGUAGCUAGAAAUGGUCAGAUGAUCAGAUAACUAGGUCACAAAAUGGUUGCGAAUGAAAUGAUGACCGGACUACUAAACCAUAUAUUUUUUUUACUGUUUACCAGACAAAAAAGUUUUCACUCUUUAGUUGCUUUCAAGUUUCAGCUGAUGCCUAUGUGGGUGGGUCACCAGCACUCCAUGCAGCCAGCCAGUACUGUUAGUACCUACGUACCCUUCUUUUGUCUCCUUCCUCUCCCUAAACUUAUGUAUGCGACAAGCGACGAUCAUACUUCGUACUAUCGACGACAACAGUCACUAAUCUCUCGCGUUAUAACGACGACAAAAAAAAAAUACAGUACACGAUUAAUUUCAGCAAAAGAGAGACCAGUCAAAUGAGUGUAUCAAUGUACACGUGUGAGUGUCAGAUAUUUGCACAUAUGUGUGUGUGACUGUGAAAUUUGACACAUGAAUCUUAGCACACACCCUUAUAGAGGGCAUUGGAGAUGGAGGGGCCUAUAAAUAUAACAUCUUUAGGUCAGUGUUUUUGGACAUUACACCCAAUUAUUAUUAGCCAUUGGAGGAGAGCAGCAGAGAGUUUAGUAGAGAUCAGGAAGCCAUGGAAGCAGCUGGUGCAGAGUUCAAGCACUUGGCCAUCAUCAAGUUCAAAGAAGGUGUUGUGGUGGAUGAUAUCAUCAAAGGGAUGGAGAAGCUUGUCUCUCAGAUCCCUCUCAUCAAGUCCUUGGAAUGGGGGCAGGAUUUGGAAGGGCAUGAGAUGCUGACACAAGGAUUCACACAUGCAUUCACAUUGACAUUCAACAGCAAGGAGGAUUAUGGAGCUUAUGAAUCUCAUCCCAAUCACCUGGAGUAUGCUGCUGGUUUCUCUGCAAGUAUUGAGAAAUGUGUGGUUCUCAACUUCCCCACUACUCCACUCAAGCAGACACCAGCAGCAGCAACCUGAUGUGUGGUGUCUCUCUCCACUAUGGAAUGAAAAUUACUACAAGUCUACAACCAGAGAUAUCAAUGAAGGGAGGAGUUAUGAUCUAUGUAAUAUCAUUUGCCAAAUGGGUUAACCAUUACUAUUGAGUUUGCUUGUAUGAAAGAAGAUUUGGGUUGUGGGAAUAUGUGAAUUUCUUAUGUUUCUGUGCUGUCUUGGUUGCUGUUCUGUUCUGUUCUGUUCUGUUCUGUUCUAGCUAAUCUGCAGAUCUUUCUCUCUGCCUUGGAAGAAGUUCUGCUUCAAUUUCAAGUGCUUUUUGCUUUUGCCCUCUCUAGGCCAUGUGUGGUGUUUGACAAUGGUGGAAAGCUUGAUUAGUAAAAAAGAGAAACAAUGUGGGCACUCAUUAGAUAAAAAGUGGGAACAAACAGGUAGAUUUGUAGGUUUAAAGUUGCCCUUUUCUUCACUUCAUUUGGGUGCCUCUCAAAUCUCAAUCAUGGAGGGCCUUUUAUGUGGCAGCAAAAGUUGCUGUCUAGGUCAUUUAGAACUUCAAAAUCUUGAAUCUAGAAAUCAAGAUUGGCCACUAAUGGUGAUUAUUGACAUGCUUCUUUCUCUGAUCAGCUUUUUUAAGCUGGUAUUUCUAGAAAUCCAUGGCUUCUCAGUAAAUAAUAAUUCAUAGACCCUCUAGUAGAAUGAGCAAAAUCAAGAGUGACCAAACAUGUGAUGCCAAGUCCAUCACCCAACAUUUCAUGUCAUAUUCUUUUCAUUUACAGGGACCAGUACUGAAGCAAAAAGGGGUAAAAGAGAGACAGAAGAAACAUGUAGAAUCUCUUGCAGAUUGCGAAGAAAAUGAAAGAUUUGUCAACAAAGUGACAUCUCCAGGUGAACAUAUACCAAAAUUAAAAUACUCCCCACUCCAUAUAAUAUAAUUGUUUUAUAUAA